AUGUGGGGAAUUACACUACCUAGAAAAGGUCCUGUUACGAUAAAGAAGCCUCCAUCUACUAAUCAGAAAGAUAAAGAAAGGCAAAUUGCAAAUGCAGAACAAGAUUUAAUGCACGAAUAUCAAAGAUUUCACGAAGCUUUAACAAAAUUCGAAGCAGAAAGAGAUAGUUUUGAAGAAUGUCAUGUCUCCAUAAAUAACGAAGAGAUGAUUGAAAAUAUCAGGCAGAGUUUAUACUAUUAUUCUUCAUUAUUAGAAGAUAGAGAUAUCAUUUCAGAUCGUCUUUUAGCAGAGCCGAUAGUUUCAUGCGAACAAGAUGAAAUUAUGGUAGAUUCUAUAGUAAAUGAUAACAUAACUUUACAAAACGAAAUUGAAAAAUUUAUUGAAAACAUUAAUACACCAGAUCAAACAAUUACAGAAGCUGAACGAUCAGAUAUAACCAUUGAAGACCGCAAAAAUGAUAUUAAAAUUAAAAAUUCACAACUUUCGACAAAAAUUAAUGAAGUUGAAAGUGAAAUAACUGCAAUUAAAGCCGAAAUACAAUCGUUAACUGAUAAAGUAAAUGAAUUAGACUCUAGUUUACUUGACAGAACAGAUGAAUCAAGUACAGAAAUUGAAAAGCCAAAUCAAACAAUACCUCGUUCAAUUUCGGAUGGUUCAGAACAGUAUUUUCUUGAGAAGCAGGUAUUUGAAGCAAAUGAAGAGGAAAUAAAGCUUAGAGAGCAAAUUAUUGAAGAUACAAAAAUUGAAAAUUCCCAAAUCUUAUCUAAUCUUGAAAAAGAAGUUCAAAAAUUGCGAGGACAAUCUAAUUCUGCCAGUUUUUCUGAUAGCAUUGAUAUUGAUUUAAAUUCUUUGUCAAAAAAGCUUGCAGAUAAAGAAUCAGAGCUAGUUCAGAUGAGGAGACUCUCAGAUAAUCAGAAGAGAUUGUUACAAAGUAUUGAUGAAGAUAAAAUUUCACUUGAAAAAAGAAAAGAAAAAAUUAAUGAAUUAAAAUCCAAAAUUGAGUUGAAAAAGCAAAUGAUAACUACAAAGAAACAGAGAGUAUUAUCUUUGAGAUCUGAAUUAAACAACUUCAACAAAGAACCUGAAAUUGAAAACAAUGAGGAAAUUCCUAGUACUUCAAGUCGAAGGAAAUCAAACACUAGCUUUAGUGAUAGUAUAGAAGCCUUGCCUGGUGGUAUAGAUAAUCUUAUUUUCUAA